AUGGAAAAAGAGUCAUUUCACUUCAGCUAUAUGAUACUCUUGCUUACUAUUGUUGCUUCACACUCUCUUGCUUCAACCCAACCACGUUGCCGUGAAGACGAGAGAUCUGCGUUGUUGGACUUCAAGGCAACCUUCUUCACCUUAGAGCCUCCGUGUUGUUCCAGCGCCACUUCAGAUGUGCAAGCAAAUAUUGAAUCCUGGAAUGCAUCAACAGGGGAAGCUAAAAGCGACUGCUGUUCAUGGGCUGGUGUUGAGUGUGAUGAGGUAAGUGGUCACGUGAUCGGCCUCGACCUCAGUUGCAGUUGUCUCUCUGGUAAAAUCAACUCCAACACCAGUAUUUUCCGUCUUCUUCAUCUAAGAAGCCUUAACCUUGCCUUCAAUGACUUCAAUUGUCAGAUUCCUCCGGCAAUUGGAAAUCUUGGUUCCUUGGGGGACUUGAACUUUUCCGGCUCCAACUUCAUGGGCCACAUCCCACAUUCGCUCGGUAACUUGACCCUACUUGUCCAUCUAGACCUCUCAAAUAAUAGGCUAAUAGGCCCAACACUCGUAGACCUAAACAUAUUCAAUCCUCCCAUCAGUCGAUGGAGACAACCUCCGUUGGGCGAUCUAUAUGUCAACCAAUUUAUAGGUGAAAUCCCAUCUUCUUUUGGACGUCUUGGUCACACGAAGCAUUCAGAUCUACGCUUUAAUUCUUUCACGGGUGAAAUUCCAUCUUUCUUGGGAAAUUUGGUCCAGCUUAAGGAUUUAAGUCUAGCGGGCAAUAUGUUUUUUGGGCAAAUUCCAUCCUCUCUUGGGAAUCUCGUUCAACUUACUUGUUUAGAUUUAAGCUUAAAUAAGUUAACAGGUGAAAUUCCGUCUUCCAUUGGAAACCUAGCUCGACUUACUCAUUUAGAUCUUGGAUACAAUCAAUUAGUGGGCGAGAUUCCACUCUCCUUCCAAAACCUCCUGGAGCUUAGGUUCUUAACACUUCGGUCGAAUCAAUUAAGUGGCGAAAUUCCAUUCUCGUUGGGGAUACUCACCCAGUUGAUUGACGUUGACCUUUCAUUCAACCAAUUCCAUGGUGCAAUUCCAAGCACAAUUUUCCAAUUACAGAAUCUCGACACUCUUAAUUUGAAUUCAAAUAACUUGAGUGGCACUGUAAAGUUAGAUAGGUUUGCAGAGAUCGAAUUCCUUCGAGUACUUGGGUUAUCCUCUAACAAACUGUCAUUGAUCGUCGAAACCGACAAACAUCAACAGUACUUUGCUCUAGGCUUAGGUUCAUGUAACUUGAAUGGUUUCCCUGAGUUUCUACAAUUUCAAGAAGAAUUGUUUUUCCUAGAUCUAUCCUACAAUAACAUUUCUGGUCAAGUUCCCGAAUGGUUUCUGAAUGUGAGUCCACAAUGCCUACAUCAUUUGAACCUUUCUGGCAACUUUCUAACAAGUUUUACUCAAGACCCCGUUAUUUUCAAGUGGGGACAACUCGUUGUAGCAGACCUCCGUUUCAACGAGUUGCAAGGAUCAGUUCCUAUUCCCCCUCCUGAAAUGUGGUACUACUUCAUCUCAAAUAAUAGGCUCUCGGGAGAAAUAUCACCACUCAUAUGCAAUCUAACGUCUAUCCAGAUGAUCGAUUUGUCUUAUAACAAUUUGACCGGGUCUCUUCCACAAUGUUUGAGUAAUUUGAGUGGUACUUUGGAAGUAAUGAGUUUACAGAGCAACAACUUUAUCGGCAAAAUUCCUAAUUUGAAUGGGAAUUCCUGUGCGCUUAUUAUGAUUGAUCUGAGUUUCAAUAAAUUGCACGGGCCAUUGCCAAGAUCGCUCCGCAACUGUGACGAUUUGGAAUUCCUAAAUUUCGGAAACAAUCAAAUUAGUGAUGUUUUCCCGUCAUGGUUAGGCUCACUUCUCAACUUGAAGGUACUUAUAUUGCGGGAUAACAGAUUUCACGAACUUAUUGGGGAACCUGCUGAUAGGGUUGAGUUCCCUACACUGCAAAUCAUUGACCUAUCCCAAAAUACUUUUUCCGGUAGCUUGCCAUCUGGAUACUUCAAGCAUUGGGCUGCCAUGAAAGUUUCUGAGACAAAUUCAUCAAGCUACAUUGGGGAUGCUAUUAAGCGGGCCUGGAUUUUCUCUUCAGACGCAACCUUUGACUACUCUAUGAGAGUAAUUGCCAAAGGCAUCCAAAUGAAUUACUCAAAGAUCCAAGGAUACCUCACAUUGAUUGAUCUCUCGAGCAACAAUUUCAGCGGAGCGAUCCCCGAGACCAUCGGAAGCCUAAAGCAAAUAGAAUUGCUCAACCUUUCCAACAAUAUUCUCUUCGGUCCUCUGCCUCCAUUCUUGGCAAACCUCACGAAUUUGGAGGCAUUGGAUCUUUCUCAAAAUCAGCUCUCAGGAGAGAUCCCUCAGGAGUUGACGCAACUCACUUCACUUGCGGUUUUCAACGUAUCUUAUAACCGUAUGACCGGGCCGAUACCGCAGUCACGGCAGUUUGCUACAUUCGAAAACAACUCCUACAAGGGAAACUCAGGGCUAUGCGGCACUCCUCUGUCUAGAAAAUGCGGAGAUCCCAAAGCGUCGCCGCCAUCAUCUCCGACGUCUGAAGAAGAUCAAGAUUCGGGAAGUGCAAUGGAAUUUGACUGGAAGAUCGUGUGCAUGGGGUAUGCGAGUGGGUUAGUGAUUGGGCUGGUCCUCGAGAACACCUUGAUCACAGGAAGAAGGGCUCAGAGCCUUGUGAAGAACUUUGGCAGAAGAAAGCAAAGGCGAAGAAGGUAG